AUGAAACUUCUGUCGAGACAAUGUUCCUUAUUGUCUAUAACAUUGAUGUUAGUCACCCUAGUGACGACCAUUUCAGCUGCAGUCAUCGGUAUUGAUUAUGGUCAACAAAACAUCAAAGCAAUGGUCAUCUCACCACAAGCUCCACUAGAAAUUGUCUUAACCCCAGAAGCCAAACGUAAAGAUAUAUCUGGGCUGGCAAUUAAGAAACUUCCUGAUGGUAUUGAAAGAAUUUAUGGAUCUGCAGUCGGAUCAUUGGCUACUAGAUUCCCUCAAAAUACGUUACUUAAUUUGAAACCAUUGUUAGGAAAGUCCAUUGCUAAUGAACCCACUGUUUUGAAUUACUUAAAAGAACAUCCUGGCGUCAAUAUCACUGCUACCAGCACUGGGAGAAAUAGUCUGUCCUUUGUGGUGGAUGGUGUUGAGUAUCCAUUAGAAGAAAUUGUCGCAAUGAACCUUGAAGAAAUUGUAGAUAGAGCAAAUGUCCUAUUGAAAGAAAAAGAUGCUAGAACAAAUGACAAUGUCGACAUGAUGGCCAUCACGGUCCCAGGGUAUUUUUACCAAGCUCAACGUAAUGCUUUGCUCGACGUUAGUAGUUUAGUUUCUGGUAUCUCUAAAACUUCUUUAAUAAAUGAUGGACUUUCCAUUGCCAUCAAUUUUGCCAUAAAGAAAAGAGAUUUUGAACUUGAUAAGGCUGAAUAUUACAUUGUUUACGAUAUGGGCAGUGGCUCCACAAAGGCUACUUUGGUAUCUAUCUUGAAAUCAUCUAAUGAAAGCGAACCAUUAAGAAUUGAGUUAGGUGGGUAUGGUUACAGAUCUCAUCUAGGUGGAUCCACUUUCACUUUAGAAGUGGCCACUUUGAUUGAAAAUAACUUCUUAGCUCAACAUCCAAAGAUUAGAACUGAAACAUUGCAUGCAAAUCCAAAGGCAAUUGCCAAAAUAAAUCAAGCUGCUGAAAAGGCAAAACUAAUACUAAGUGCAAAUACUGAAGCCUUCGUCUCCAUUGAAUCAUUGAUUGACGACAUCGAUUUCAAAACUACUGUCACUAGACAAGAAUUAGAAGACAUUUCGGAAGAUCAUUUAGCAGAAAUCAUUGAACCAAUUCAAGAGGCGUUAGAUAACCAACUAUGGGAUAACAAUGUUACCAUGAAAAAUUUAUCUGGUGUAAUCUUACAUGGUGGUUCUACACGUGUUCCUCUUGUUCAAAGACAGUUAAUCGACUUUGUAGGUGAGGAUAAUAUUCUUAGAAAUGUUAACGCAGAUGAAUCAGCAGUAAAUGGUGUUGUAUUAAGAGGUGUCCAACAAUUUGACGCUUUUAAAACUAGGCCGUUAGAUAUUAUUGAACGUUCCAUUUCGGAUUAUAGUAUAAAAGUUUCUUCAUCUUCCUCUCAGGCCACUAACAAGAUUUUCCCUAAAGGUUCUAUAUUUCCAGCUACUAUAACAAUGGAACUACAUUCAAUAAAUGACACCACUAUGGCUCCAUUCUCUAUUGAUCUAUAUGAGAAUGGGAAAAUAUUAAGCAAUGUAACAGUGGAUGUAUCAAAUGCUGAAGACUCCUUCUCAAACAAUAAAUGUAAACAUGGUGUUUCAUACAAUGGAACAUUUUCCUUGUCAUCAGAUCGUGUAUUUAAAUUGGAAAAAGUGGAAGCUAUCUGUCUUAAUUCAUUAAGUAAAACUGAUGAAGAAGAAACAGACGGUGGGAUAAUGAACAAGCUUUUCAAACAUAAACCUAAGAAUGAAACAGCUGCUGAAACGACAAAGAAGCCAAAAUACAAUAAGACAAUAAAGUUAAUAACCACGUCUACUGAUAUCAAUGUCAAACCUUUAUCUCCAUCAGAAAAAUAUAAUAUUAUUAGAAAUAUUAAAGAUCUAGGUGAAUUUGAUAGACAAAGGUUCCAACUACAAGAAUCUAAAAAUUUAUUGGAAAGUUCUUUGUAUAGUGCAAGAAACUUCCUUGAAGAAGAUGAUGUUAUCAAGAAUGGUCCAAAGGCUCAAGUCGAUAAACUUUCUCAAUUAGUCUCUGGCACUUUAGAAUGGCUGGAAGAAGAUUCCGAUCAUGCCACCAAGAAACAAAUCGAUAAGAAACUAGGUGAGAUUAAUUCUUUGAAAGACAGAGUCGAAUUAUAUAUAAAGACAUCCAAAGAACCGUUGGACUCAAAUCAAUUUUCAGAUAUCUUAGACAAAGCGGCUUUGGUCUAUAAAGAUGUUAGUGAUCAACAAAAGAUGCUUGAAUUGAAUCUAAAAGCAUUAGAAAAGAAAAUUUCUUCAUCCUUGUUAAAUGUCACAGAUGAAUUCUAUAAAAUAAGGUUACCGAUUUCUAUGAAUAGAACACUAGCUAAUAUAGAAACCUUAUUUUCCAAGUUUAAUAAAACGGUCGCAGCUAUUGAGGAUCUUGUCGAUUUGGAUUCAUUCGAAGAGAUGGGACGUGAGCAACUCUAUGAAUUGAAAUUAAAAUUUGAUAAUGUUCAUCCAAAGAUCCAGGAAAAGCUUGCUGCAUUACGUACUUCAUACGAGUACCGUUUCAAUGAAUUGAAUUCUUUACAUCAAAGAAAACUACGAGCUCAAAAGAGAAAAGAAGAAAAAGCAAAAAGACAACUGGAAAAGAAGUUAGCAAAUGCCACAGAAACAAUUCAAGGAGAAUCAAGUUCUACGCUGACAAGUACUGAGACGGCGAAGGUUACUAAAGAAUCGACUACCACAAUUUUGUCUACUGAUAUGACUUCGAAAACCACUACAGUCAAAUCCUCAUCUGAUUCUUCUUCUUCGUCGUCAUCACUAUCACCAUCACCUGCUUCUCCUAACCUCUCCUAUAAAACCAAGAGAAAACCUGGAAAAAAGGCUAACGGGAAAAAAAGUAGAUCCUCGAAGAGCUCUAGUAGUUCUACUAUCAUGCACGAUGAACUGUGA